AUGGACCCAAAAGGAGCCGAGUCCUUGGCGCAGGCUUUGGGGGUGAACCGCUCUUUGGUGCGCUUGGACUUAAGCAACAACCAGAUCAAGACCCGAGGAGCCUCUGCACUUGCCGAGGCCCUGCGCGCCAAUCCGGUGAUUCAGCACCUCGUGCUCGAGCUGAACCCCCUCGGACACCAAGGUGCUUCUUGCAUUGCCGACGCCCUCGGCCCACAUCCGUCGCUGCUCUUCCUGGACCUCCGCCUGGCGGAGCUGGGCGAGGCCGGCGGUGCAGCCUUAGGUGAGGCGCUGCGGUGCAAUCAGGUCCUCCAGACCCUGGACGUGAGCUACAACCAGAUCCAAGACCGAGGAACGCAGGCACUGGGAGAGGCGCUGAGAAACAACCGCUCACUUCAAAACCUGUUGCUCCGGACCAACCAGAUCACCGACGUAGGAGUUGCUGUCCUGGCGGAUGUUUUGAAGCACCACCGCGCGUUGGUGCAGCUGGCUUUGGGCAACAACCAUAUCUCUGCGCAUGGCGCCUCCCUUCUGUCCGUGGCUCUGAGGAAAAACCGCGUCAUCCAGAUCCUGUCCUUGGAGCUGAACACCAUCCAUGAUCAAG